CCUUUGCCAGUUUUCUAUCAAAUUUUGAUCCUUCUUUAUUUAAUUUUCUCGACUUUGUCGUUUUUGUCAAAUAUUUGCCUGGUCUCAUAUGGUCAGAUAUGCAAAACGAGGUUCAGAGAGCGGGCGGUGCCUUUUUCGUGAGUGAAAACGCGACGAGAGAAAAGCAAGAUGGCUGAAGUUUUUACGUGACAGAGAGAUGAAAUGAAGAAGUUUUAUCAGGAAGAAGUGAUGUCAAGCCCAUCUCGUUGUCUUAAAGUGUGCUCUGAAUGAAGUGGUGCAGGACUUGACAGGCGAGGUUGGGAUGGCGACCGAGGACAGAGACAGAACGGAGCGGGAUCCCCGAGGUGCCCUGCUUGUAGUGCAGUCCAUGAUUGACAUUUCUGCUGACCGCUUGGAUGGUUUGAGAACGCAAUGUGCGACGAGUGCGGAGUUGACGCAGCAGGAAAUUCGCACUCUAGAGGGAAAGUUAGUGAAGCUAUAUUCUCGACUGCUGCUUAGCAAAUCUUCAUUUAUAGAAAGUGGUGCUUUAAGAGCAAAGGAUGUUGUCAAUAUACCUCCUUUGGAUCAAUGGCUGAAAGUUGUUGGGUUGGCACAUGAUGCUAUUCCCGGUGUUUGUAAGCGUAUUGGUACAUUGGAGGAAUUGCAACUCAAAUCUGACUAUGAACUGCGGAGUAUUCUUGCAGAAAGACCAGCAAGAGAUGAAGAUAUUCGUAGGCUCACAAGAUCACUCCACAAUUUGAGAAGAUACAUACAAGAUUUAAAAGUUAGAGGAGAUGAAGCAAAUGAUACAGAACCUCCUCUGUAUUGGGAUUCAUGGGAUUGCCAAAGUCCUCAACGUGCUCCAUCAAGUGUUAGUACAUCGCCAAGACCGCUUCGAACUAGGAUGGCCCGUGGGUCAGUCCCAUCAGAAGAUAGUUUACCCUACAACAAUAACAACUAUAGUUAUAGUCCUAGUCUUGGUGGUGCUACAAGUUCCUCUGUUAAUUCGUUACCACAGCUGGGAGGAACUCCCACCCAUUUUGCUCCUCUCUCUCCCCCUGUUCAGCCAAUUUAUCCACCUUGCACACCUCCCUCCACUCCACCAGUCAAUAAGGGAAAAGGUGAUAGAUUAAGGUUUCCUACGACACCUCCUCCUAGAAGAAAGAUUCAUGGCAAUACCAGCACUCUCAAUCACACAACUCAACUAAGUCAAGAUCAACUUGUUCAAGAGCUUAAAAAUCUUGCUGCUCAAGAAAAUGGUGAACAGUCCUGUUCAAAAUACCAACAUCACCAAAUGCAGCAACAGUCACAUCACUUCCAAAAUCAACAUCACCUGCAGCAACAAUCACCACAGCAACAAAUAUGUCAACAGGUGCAAAAUGCCCUCGGUGAUGCCCAUACCUUGACCAAGUCCAAAUCUCAUGAAUCACAGCUUGGAAACAGAGUGGACGGGGCAGACAAUGGUCAAAGCAGUAAUGAUACUGCUGGAGCUGCAAAUGGACCUCGUCCAAGAAGGGGCCGUCUUCCGACUGAGCCUGGUCCUAACAGUAGUGACUACGGUCAAACAUCACCUUUACUAUCCAGUCCUAUAAAGUCUCCACCUUACAGUUCUGCUGGCACGGAUAGUGAUGAUAACAGUGUGAAAUCGAGCCUUCAAGUUCCAAAGUCUCCCAGGGCAGCAUCUGUAUUGACAAGGGGAAUGGCCCAUGAUAUAUCGCAUCGGUUUACCAAAACCUACAAGAUGAUUGCCAUGUGUGAUUACUGUGACAAACAAAUGUUCAUGGGUCUGAAAUGCACGGAGUGUAAAUAUAAAUGUCACAAAGACUGUAAGUCAAAAGUCCCUCCAUCUUGUGGAUUGCCAAGAGCACUGGUUGAGGAAUUCAGAAAGACACUUCAGUCGGAUGGCAUAGGCCCACCCAAUUCAUCUCCUAGUAUGAGGCGACCAUCUCCCAGCCAUUCUUCUAACAACAACCACAACUUUUUCACUCGUAAAGACCGCAAAAGGUCUCAUCCUCAACCUUCCAUCCAAAUACCGCCUUUCCAAGGCCCAGAUUCAAGUUCGAACACGUCAAGCUGUAAUUCUUCUACACCAUCAUCACCAGCUCUAAUGAUGCAACAACACGCAUCUUCAGCUGCCCCCUCCACCAAGCAACAGUCAUUCCAGUUUCCAGAUGUAACACCUCGAUGUGUUACUCUAGAGACACAUCCUCUGACGGCCCCUCCUGCUCUUGAGGAGAUUAUGGACUCUCAUAAGGCCCAAAAAGAGGGAAUUUCAAUGGAUAGUGAUAAAACUCUGUCAGUGUCUGGGUCUGGCAGCAUAAGCACUGAUUCAGAAAGAACGCCUAUUCGAGUUGAUAGCCAAGAUAGCCAGGUAUCAGAUGGAGAGGCAACAGAUGGCAAGGGAUGGCCAAGACAGAAUAGUUUGUCAAUGCGAGAGUGGGACAUCCCAUUUGAUGAUUUAAAUUUAGGGGACGCUUUAGGCACUGGACAUUUUGGAACUGUCUAUAGAGGUAGUUGGUAUGGGGAUGUAGCCAUUAAAGUAUUAAAUAUGGAUCAAAUGGGAGACAUUGACAUGGAAAAGACCUUGGAAGCGUUCAAAUUAGAGGUGGCAACUUUUCGCAAAACAAGACAUGAAAAUUUAGUCUUGUUUAUGGGAGCGUGUAUGAAGCCUCCGAGACUUGCCAUUGUCACAAGCAUGUGCAAAGGCCUGACUCUGUUCACACACAUCCACAUACGCAAAGAUAAAUUCAACAUGAACCGCACCACAAUGGUGGCCCAGCAGAUAUCGCAGGGCAUGGGAUAUCUUCAUGCUCGGGGUAUCAUCCAUAAGGAUCUCAAAAGCAAAAACAUUUUUCUUCAAAAUGGAAAGGUUGUUAUCACAGAUUUUGGUCUCUUCAGUGUCACCAAGUUGUGUUUUGGAAACCGGAAGGGUAAGGGGUUGAGCAUACCUCGUGGAUGGCUAUGCUAUCUUGCUCCCGAAAUUAUGUGCAGCCUGAAAGCUCAGCAAAAUCAACUGGAUGAUGAGCUCCCAUUUUCCAAAGCUUCUGAUGUGUAUGCUUUUGGAACGGUAUGGUAUGAGCUUUUGUGUGGAGAGUGGCCUUUCAAAGCCCAACCCCCUGAAUCAAUCAUUUGGCAAGUGGGGAAGGGAAUGAAGCAGACAUUGGCUAACCUUCAAGCAAGCAGAGAUGUAAAGGCCCCCUUAUUUCCCAUUUCUCCUUCCCCUCUCCCCUCUCUGCGCCAAUUCGCUGAGAAAGGCAAGCCCAAGCACCAUGAUCGUCACUAUCACCUUCCCAAAGAUACUAGCCAUAGUGCUUCAAGUGAGGAUAUUUUAAUGUCUUGCUGGUCGUUCAAACCUGGAGAUAGACCAGACUUCGUCAGGCUGCUGAAUACUUUUGAGAAACUUCCAAAGAAGAGGCUGGUAAGAAGUCCCUCACAUCCGAUUCAGUUAUCAAGAUCUGCUGAAUCGGUUUUCUGAGUAACACAGAGCCGGGCUAGGACCGGCUCAGUUGGAGGAGAUCAGCCCCUCCUCUAUAAUUCCAAGCUGUGGGAUAAUGGGCCACAGCAGGAAAUGGACCUCAAAGGAAACUAUUCUUUGAAUAAUUGAAAUGCAAAGUGAUGAUGCAUUUUCCUGCAACAAGUUCCAAGAAGAAGCCAGUGUUUAUUUAGGGCUGCUCUGCCCUCUAUCUAGUCACAUUUACUAUUGUCACGGUAUCAGUAUUGCUCCCUUUAGAUACUUGACAUUGGCAAGUAGAGUUUUUUUGUUGUUGUUUUUCUUGUUGUUGCAUUAAAAGUCGACUGAGGAUGAUGAUAUGAUAGAUUUCUGUCUGUAUCCAAGAAGUUAAAUAGAAUAGUUCUAAGAUUUUGCAAAAACUUUCCCAAGAACCAGAGUGGUCUUGCUACAGCUCUGUUUUAUCUACAUUAUACAGUAUGACACUGCAGGUAAAGCACCUCUGAUUUGAUCAAUGAAAAAUGCUCUUUGAAUCCAUUGUUCUCUACCAUUAAAUCUCUGGUGCCUCAUCUUGCUGUAUUGACUUUUACAUGAUAUGGAAUUUUAGUUUCUGAAAUUUUUAUUUUGAAGGUGCACUGUAUCUUUACAGUUAUAUUUGAAACUUUUGGUUUAUUGUCUGAUUGAUUGCUUAUUUAUUGGCCCGAGUUCUGAAAACUUAGAACCCCUAGUUUAUUUAUUUCAUUUCUUUAGAAAUUAUUAUUGAAUUAAUUCAAUAAUUAUUUAUAAUUAAUUGGGAACAGUUACCAGCCAAGUUACUAAUGAAUUUGUUAGUUGUGAUUUUUAAAUGCAAUAUGUUCUAAAUGAUUGAAAUAGUUGUUCACCAUUUUUACAUGCACUCUGGCACUGUGGUUAAUGUCAUAUAAGUAUUAAGUGAACUUCUUAGUCCUUUUCGCCAUCUCGCUGCUGCAGACUAUUUACUGACCUCUGUAAUGAGAUCAACAUAAGAGUUUUUACUAAUGUAUCAGUUUCCAGUGUACUUAUACAGGGUGGUCCACCCGCGGUGGUACGUUGAAAAAAAAAAGCAACCCUUUAUACAGCUGCAGUAAAAGUAAGGUGGGAGGUGCCACACUCUUUGCCUCGCCUCACCAGCUGCUGCAAUUGUUGCCUCCUUUUCGACCUACCGGCGCGGGCGAGCCGCCACUACAUCAAGGUCCGAUCUCAAACUGAUCUUCAGGCAAAUGUUUUUUAUCCUUUAGCUCAUGGAGCUAUUUGAUUCUAUGGUUUGUGCAUGCAUCACUAUGGUGUUUGAAAUCAAGUUGUAAGUGCCUUUCAGAGCUAGCAAUGUUGAUUACCAAAAGACAAUUCCAGAGAUUGUUGUGUUAAUAAUCUUAAUAGAUUUUUUCCUUUAAAUCCCGGAAUUGAAUUACUCUUAUUCAUGUGUAAAGUUUAAAUUUAUUGCAUGUUAUGUUAUCAGUCGAUUUUUAUGAAGAAGACCACAGCACAAUUGGUGUUGCUUAAAAGACUGUGUGAUAUUGUCUUUUUGCCAAUAUUGUGAUCUUUCUCUCCCUCACCAGCCUUAAUUUGUAGUGUGCCGACAUUUGUCUUGGUUUUUGAAUACAGCAAUCUUAUUUGUUUGUACUGUCGGCAGUGCCUGGUUGUGGGUUGGAGAAGAUAAGCAGUUGGGUGGUACAUUAGUUUGUUGCUUGUUGCUAAGUCACUGUGACAGAUGUCAUGUUCUGACUGAACUUAAAAGCUAUGGCCUCAUGUGUUAUCAGUAGCAAAAAAUGUGAAGUAGAACAAAACAAGUUAGGGUAUUUGGACAAAUAUCAUGAAUGUUUUGUCUACUUUUUAUUAUUAAUUCCUCUGUGCAAUUGUGAUAAAGCUGACUCUUCCCCUCUUGUGGAGCUGGAUUCUGCCUACCCCUCACGCCUUCCUUAGUUUCUGAAGGAAGCUGAGUGGUGUUUCAUAGACCAUUAUUAUCCCCUGGUAGUGUUUCUUUUUUCCUUUCCAUGUGUGAAUGUUUGUGUUGGGUUGACUGUGCAUUAUCCAGAUUUUUUUUGUUACACAGUAAGAGAGGACGAGUUGUAGCAUUAGCAAUAAAUUGUGUGCAUUUUAUUCCUCAAUGUGUUUUAUAGAUAAUGGGUAAUGAAUGAUUGUUCUCCUUAUGACUGGUAACCUUUUACCUGUUCAAAUUUUUAACUGAGAUGACAAGUUGUCAAUACUUGUCUCUCUCUCUCUUGAUGAGGAUUCAAGAAAAUUAUCAAUGAAUUGUGUAGAAAGUGCUUCAAUUCAAUUUUCUGUAUUUGCAAGAGAAGUGAGCCCUUCUGUUGUGGUUUUGAGAAGAUUUAAUCCGUCUCUCAGUUAAGACCUUUAUUUAUUAUUAAUCUUUGCUAUUUUCUUGGUUUGGUGUCCAGUACUAUUGGCCUAUGGACUUAUGCUUGGUUUGCAGAAAAUAAGGGUUCAAGUUUGGCACCCAAAGCGAAGAAGCUGAUGAUGCAAUUGGAUUUACCCAUUUCUCUGAUAACCUGUCCUUAAGCAUGGAUCCAAAGAACCACAUCGGAGCUAAAUUUGUUCUGUAGUUUUUGAUGUAAUUUUGCUUUCAGAGGUAUAGAAUCUGCAAUUCUGUGGUAAAGCGAAAGUGGUUUAAACCAAGUUCACGAAUCUGGAAUUUUAUCUGUGAUGAUUUUUAAGUCCCUAUGUAUAUGAGGUAGUAGAUGAGAUCUUUUUAUCUUAUGGCAUUUUGAGAUAAGUGAACAGUUGAUCACAUUUACCUUUAAUAAAGGACUUGUGGUAUACUUCUUUCUGUAUAGUUGAGAAAUGAAAGAAGCCUGUAUUUUAAAUGUUACAUCAAUUGUGUCUUUGUUUGGUCUUAAAUAAUAAAAAUAUCUUGCAAGAUCCCACAUGUAUUCACAGGUUUUGUUGUUGUUUCUUUUAAGAAAUUGAAUUGAAUAUUUUGGCACUUUUCCCUGCCUAACCCUUUCCCAAUUUUCUGAUGUAAAGACAUUUGCUGUUACUUUCUCUUUUAAUGAAAUAAAAUGAAAGUAACUGUUGAACUGCCUUCACCCUGUAUAUGAAUUUAUUUAGCUAACUUUUUCCAGCAUUUCAAAUAUUUUUACCUAACAUUGAUAACACAUUAAAAUAUGAUUCUUUUGAAGGAAGGGAUCAUGGUGUUGGUCUUAUGAUGAGUCAGUGUCUGCUUCUCUUUUUUUUUUUCAUGUUCAUAUCAUUGAUGUUAUUAUUAGCAACAGUGCCCAAAGUCUGUUUGCCCGCAUUAUGAUGGAAAACGAAUGGAUUACAGUACAACUUGAAUUUGUUGCUUAAACUCUGCAAGUACAAUUUCUCCUGUCAUUAACUGGAUUCUGGCUCUACAAGGGAAAGUUGUUUAUUUUCUACCUCAUCUUCACCUUUCUUCCUGAAAAGAGCACUAGUCAAACUUGAAUUUUAAGUCACUUGAUAGUUAGAGCAAAUAUUUGAGGUUACAUUUUGAGGCAUCCUUGGAGUAUAAUGCAGAGAAAGUUUGAAUGCCCCCCCCCCCCCCUUUCCAAAAAAAAAAAAAAAA